UUCUCAGGACUCUACCCUUUCCGAGGAAGAAGAGGAUAUGACCAGAUCUUUUGAAACAGUGACAUUUAAGGAUGUGGCUGUGGACUUCACCCAGGAAGAGUGGCAGCAAAUGAAACCUGCUCAGAGGAACUUGUACCGGGAUGUAAUGCUGGAGAACUAUAGUAACCUAGUCACAGUGGGUUGUCAAGUCACCAAACCAGAUGUGAUCUUCAAGUUGGAGCAGGAAGAGGAACCAUGGGUGGUAGAGGAAGAAAUAUUUGGGAGACAUUUUCCAGAAGUUUUGGAAGUUGGUGAGCAGAUCAAGAAGCAACAGGAAACAAUUUUGAGGAAAAUCACAUCCAUCUCCAAGAAAACUGCAAUUAAGGAAAAAGUCAGUGAAUACAAAAAAGUUGAAAAAAUAAUUCCUCUGAGCUCAGACAUUGCUACUUCAAGACAAAGCUUCUAUGAAAAAGAACGUUUUGAUAAGGAUUUGGAACAUAAUUUAAACUUACUUAAUUUUAAGAAAGGCUGUGUAAGAAAGGAAAAUUAUGACUGUAAUGAGUAUGGAAAACCAUUUUACCAUUUCUCAUCUCAUGUUGUAACUCCUUUUAAGUGUAACCAGUGUAGACAAGAAUUUAAUCAUAAAUUUGACCUCAUCAUACAUGAAAGAAUUCAUGCUGGAGAGAAGCCCUAUGAUUGUAAGGAAUGUGGAAAAGCCUUCAGCAGGAGGGAAAAUCUUAUUACACAUCAAAAAAUUCAUACUGGAGAAAAACCUUAUAAGUGUAAUGAAUGUGGAAAGGCAUUCAUUCAGAUGUCAAACCUUAUUAGACACCAGAGAAUUCAUACUGGGGAAAAACCAUAUGCAUGUAAGGAUUGUUGGAAAGCCUUUAGUCAGAAAUCAAAUCUCAUUGAGCAUAAGAGAAUUCAUACUGGAGAAAAGCCCUAUGAUUGCAAGGAAUGUGGGAAAUCCUUCAGCCAGAAGCAAAACCUUAUUGAACAUGAGAAAAUUCAUACUGGGGAGAAACCUUAUGCAUGUAAUGAAUGUGGUAGAGCUUUUUCUCGAAUGUCAUCUGUUACUCUGCACAUGAGAAGUCACACAGGGGAGAAACCAUAUAAAUGUAAUAGGUGUGGAAAAGCUUUCUCUCAAUGCUCAGUAUUUAUUAUACAUAUGAGAAGUCAUACAGGUGAGAAACCAUAUGUUUGUAGUGAAUGUGGGAAAGCAUUCUCUCAAAGUUCGUCGCUUACUGUACAUAUGAGAAAUCAUACAGCUGAGAAACCCUAUGAAUGUAAUGAAUGUGGAAAAGCCUUCAGCCGUAAAGAAAAUCUCAUUACACACCAGAAAAUUCAUACUGGAGAGAAACCUUAUGAAUGUAAUGAAUGUGGGAAAGCUUUUAUUCAGAUGUCAAACCUCAUUCGACACCAGAGAAUUCAUACUGGUGAAAAACCCUAUGCAUGUACAGUAUGUGGGAAAACCUUUAGUCAAAAGUCAAAUCUUACUGAACAUGAGAAAAUUCAUACUGGAGAAAAACCAUAUCAUUGUAAUCAAUGUGGAAAAGCUUUCAGUCAGAGACAAAAUCUCCUUGAGCAUGAGAAAAUUCAUACUGGAGAGAAACCAUUUAAAUGUAAUGAAUGUGAUAAAGCCUUCUCUCGAAUUUCAUCCCUUACUCUUCAUGUGAGAAGUCAUACAGGGGAGAAACCCUACGAAUGUAAUAAAUGUGGAAAAUCCUUCUCUCAAUGCUCACUACUUAUUAUACACAUGAGAAGUCAUACUGGUGAGAAACCCUUUGAAUGUAAUGAAUGUGGGAAAGCAUUCUCUCAAAGAGCAUCCCUUUCUAUACAUAAGAGGAGUCAUACAGGUGAAAAGCACCAAGUGUCCUGA